UACGCAAAGAUUUUGUUGUUUUUUAAUGUUGCUUCUCUUUCUCUCAAAACCUAUACGAUAAUGCCUGUAGUAGAAAUUAGUUACAUUCGUUGUAUCUAAAAUGAUAUUGUUUAGCUACAUUGUUUAGAAUACAUUGAAAAACUCAGAAAUGUUGAAGUGUGGGCGAUUUGUGACGACGUGUGUGUUCAAUGUAUUGUGUGUGACGUUCAUCAAUAGUGAUAAUGAUAACCUACACGGUCUUUCUGUAGCAGAGUACAUAACGGGUCACCUAUGUGUUCUGGGUGCAGCCUUGCAAUCGUCGGCAUAGGCGAAGUACUUUAAUUUGAAACCCCACACGACGGUAUCGUAUUAAAUAGCAACCUCAAGUGAUCAGGUGUCAGGCAGGCAGGUUGUGAGGGUUCUGUAUGUACAUUGUGAUGUCAGUGUGGUAGUGACGGUGUAGUGGGUGGUGGUGAGGUGACGGGCGAGGUGGCGAGGUGGCGCGACUCGCAAGUGAUGCCCAUCGCGGUGAUGCAGAGGCAUGGUAGACGCGGCUGCGGAGCGCCGGGCCGCCGCCGCCGCCGCGCGCUGCGAUGCUACCUCCAGCCUCACCAAUUUUGUCUUAUGCAAUGAAAACGACAGUGGUUGAUAGACGAAACUCUUGUUAAAGUACAAGAAGUUAUACAGAAUAAACUAACAUGGAUUUAAAAAGGUGAAACUCACAGUGAUGAAGUGGAUAAACUCCACAAUGGAUUCAAACAUACAUUUUGUGCAGUGAAAUAAGUGUGGUCGAGGAGAUGAAGAUGGAGGGCGGUGUACUAAGUGUUUCAAGUAAUAACAGCAGAUUCAGAUCUCAUCUAAAGAAUGCAGCCAGUGCAUUGUGUGCCAGAACAUUACCGAAACAGAGGCGUGGCGAGGCAUCGGCAAUCACCAGUGCUCGUCACCACACCUAUCCACGAGCGACGCCGCCUAAACGGGCCGCUAUCUCAUGUCGCAUGGAGCCGCUUGCAUGCGCACCAUCUCAGCAUGCCACCACGUUCGACCCGCCCCAGCCCAUUCAGUGCGAAGUUGUCGAGGACCACACGGCGAAUAAAGGCAACGGCUUAAUCAAAUGGAAGGGCACAUUAGCCAGGGAGGUAGCGAGUGCAUGGGAGUGCCGCGUGGGCCAGCCCGACCAGCCGGCCUCCCCCGACCGCGUGCAGAGUCUUUUCAACGACAUCGAACUAUACCCUACUAAGACUCAGGUAUUCGAAAUGCUGGUCUGCGCGCGGCAGUGUGCUCGCCGCAAGUCCCUCACUCUUACAUUCGGAGAAUUCUGCGUGUUCGCAGCUGAACUGCGUCGGUGUUCGAGGCAAGCCAGGCAGAGUUCGAACAAACCUGAGUCGCCACAAUGGAACGUAGACAAGGAGCUCAGAGAUAAGGACAUCAUUUGUAAACAUGUGAACGGCAGCGAGGCGCAACCUCCGCCAUGCGAGGUGUUCCUGGGCGGGUCCUGCAACCCCACUACUUGGAGAUCGGACAUAGCCAUUCCGAUGCUGAAGGAAAUGGGCAUUACAUAUUUCAACCCGCAAGUAGACGACUGGUCGAUGGAGCUGGUGGAAGUGGAACACCGGGCGAAAGCGGCGGCGCGGGCGCUUCUGUUCGUACUCGACAGCGAGACGCGCGCCGUGGCUGCCAGCGUGGAGGCCGCACACCUCGCCGCCGCGCCCCGCGACCUGCUGCUCGUACUGCGCCCCUACUCGCGCCACCAGGCCAUCGGCACCGAGACCAUCUCUGACCACGAGUACGUGGAGCUGUCGCGUGCGCGAGCCACGCUGCAAGAGGCGGUGGAGAGGCGAGGGCUGCCCGCUUUCACGGACAUACCGACGGCGCUGCGGUGCGCGCGAGCCGUGCUGCGCGGCGCGCGCACGCACCCGCGCCACUCGCUCGGCCACACCAUCCUGCGCCUCAAGCGCGCCUACGACGCGGCGGGCGGGAGGAACUCGCGCUUACCGCGCGCCAAAGCCGUCGACGCGCUAAAGGACGCGACCAGAGCGCCUCGUGAGGUCGCAGAGCGGUGUCUACCGCCCACGGCCGACACCGUCGACUUCGAGACGUUCUGCGCCGCCGUCGCAGAGCUCGCCGCCGACGCAGAGUCUCAGGGUCGCAACGGUCAGGAGACGGAGGCGACGGGUGGGGAACUUCGCUCGGAGGCGCGGGGAUUUGAGCCCGCGGCACGAGACACUAACAAUGGACUUCGCCUUGUCAAUCCCCGGUUAAAAGCUUACGGAAGAAAGCUUGGUUUAUUCAUUCCUAAGAAUGGCGGUCACCGCGCAUCGUUAGACAGCGCGGGCGGCGCGGCGGGCGACAGCGGCGACGCGGUGUUCACGCCGGGCACGGAGCGGCGCCUCGAGCGCCUGCCCGCCAUGCUCGGAGCGCCCACGCACGACGUCUAUCUGGGUGGCACUUUCCCGAGCAACAACACUCGUCCAGAAGAAGUUUUACGAAGGGAAGGCUUCACGUACGUUGUUCCCCGGGCCAACGACUACACGCGGAUGUUCUCAACGCCCGGGCGUCGGGCCGCUCCCGCGCACCCCGAGUCGCCGCGCCGCGACAAGAAGCCGCGCCCCGCCACGCUGGAGCCCGACGACCGCGAUGUUCAGCUAAGGGACCGCGCCGCCGACGACCGACACGACAGGAAUGAUCGCCUCAGCGCCUCCGACUUCUAUACCGUCACCGAUGACGUUACGCCGCAGCCUUUCAAAGGAACGUACGACGAGGACUUGUUACUGGGGUCGCGAGUACUGGUGUUCGCGAUGAGUGAAGACGCGCCAUGCUUCGCGGCGAUGGUACUGGCCGCCCACUACAUGGGACUACGGCCUGCGAACACCGUGUUGUUAGUACAACCCAUGGACCCACAGAAAGCCCUUAAUUAUAGCGAAGCAGCUGUGAAGGAUUACAACCGGGGCCGCCACUACCUCUCCGACUUAGCGAAACGGUCCGGUGUUCCCGUGUUCAACAAUGUCGACUCAACGAUGGCGUGUGUCGUCAGCCGGCUCCGAGCUACGCUAUAGCAUCAAUAAGUGCCAGUCCCCGGGACUCACUACAUACCUUAUAUCCACUGAUGUAAGGAUCAUAACUGUGUUAGACACUCGAAUAUCGAUUGUUAUCGGUAUAUCGGAAUUAUUUUAAUAAAGGCAGCAGUGAUAGCUGUCUGUUAUUCACUAAAGUCCGCCGCUUCGAAUUUAUAAUAGAGUAAUUGAACACAACGGCAGUUGAAGCGAAUCUCAUGUAAGCAUCGUCACUGUUGUGAUCGCGAUUUGAUUUCGUAUUCGUUAUUUGAUUGCGAUGCUUCGAGAAGCGGCUUAAUCACAACUCACAUAAUAAAGACAUCACAAAAAUAUAAUUCAUCAUAAAACAAUCAUAGGGUAAUUACUUUUACUUGCGUGGCGAAGAGUCUCAUAAGAGUGUACUUAUUAAUUUCAAGACGUUUAGUUUAGUACAAAGAAUGUCUCUCUUUUAUUUCAUCACUCUCUAUUGCAUUAUCUAAUGUAAUAUAUAGAUAUUAAAAUAAAUAUAAUUCAAUGAAUGUAUGAGCGAGAAUGGAUGGUGACGGUAAUCUUGAUGAGGAUAUAACAAAUCUCUGUGAUGAAUUUGUCUAGGAAAUUUUUAUAGUACUUUCAAUGCAUAAGCAUAUAUUAGAUGAUAACUAUACAUAUUAGUAUUGUUACAAACUCAGGUACAGGUAGUAGUCACAUGAUAGCGCGUGUGGUGGAAUAUUGUCUAGUGUACACAACGAGCUUUAUAAACGACUCAAAGUCCAAUCAAGACAUCAUAGUCCGAAAAAUUGGCCUCCAUCAGUUUGCUCCUUUUAAAGUGAUUUGUAGCAUUCUUUAGUACCUUAUUUAGUUAGAAAGAGUAUUACCUAGGGACACAAGAGAGUGAGUGUUACUGAUAGGCCAUAUCUCUCUAAGUACUUGUGUAAAAUACAUGUGACGUUCUACUUUUAUCUUUACUACCUAUUUUCAUGAACGCACAGUUUUAUGUUGAUCAUGAUUUACUGGGGCUCACAUUGGUUCAAACAGCCGAGUGAACUUCGCACAGUGGGUCUAUUAGCCAAUUUCUAAAUCUUGUUAGUACUAAUAAUAUUGCAUUGGCGAAUGCUUUUGUAGACAUCAGCACUUUACGAAAACUGAUUGAGAAAAAGUACAAAUAUCUUGCUCACGUAGCAAUUUUAAGAGGUUUUAGUAGUUAUUAUUUGAAUGAUAGCAAUGCAAACUAAAAUUUUAUAACAUUUAAUAUUGUAUACUCAUUUUUUAUUAUAAUAAAUUGUACCUUUUCUAAAAUAUCUAAUAUGCGUCAUUGUUAACGCUUGCAAGUGGAUAAUUAUGAAAUUAGGUUAUUAAAGCCACAAUUCCAUACCUAAUUUAGGUAUAAUCUAUAAUAUUGAGUAGUUUAGUGGUAAAAAUAUUUGACCCACUGUCACUAAAAUUAAAUUCGUAAUAAUAAAAUCCAGCAAAUAUUAUUUGCUAGUCACACACGCCCAUUAACAUUUUAAGUACUUUGUUAAUAUUGAUCGAUAGUACAAAUAUCUAAUUUAUAGAAAAAUAUGUCAUAUAUUAAUUGUAAUUUUAUGCCAUGUACGCUUAUUUUAAACUAAACAUCACAUAUGUAAAUAUAGAAAUUUGUAAUUA